UACCCAAACAAAAAAAACACAAGCUUUUUGCAGGACUAUAUUUACCCACACAAACUUCAACCCUCCGAUCCCAUCACCAUUUGGAUCCGUACUCUCCGACGGGACCUCCUUUCAUGAUCUUUCUUUCUUUCUUGCCUGGACCAGCGAGCUACUUAACCCUUCCCUCCCUCUCUUCCGUUUCCAACGCACACAGACGGAAUCAUCAUCCACAUUUAAACUCCCCCAGCUCUGUAUAUAUACAAUCCAUUUUCUCGUCUAUAGUUAACCUGGCCCGGCUCUCUCUGUAACGCAUUUACGGACACAGCGAACCACACCACACCAAACCAAACCAAACCCAACUCCAUUGCUUCACUCUCUAGCAAUAAUGGUUCUUAUGCUACUACUCCUGCUUCCUCUUCUUCACUGUUUUCCUCAACUGGGCUACUCUUUGAAUCAAGAAGGGCUCUAUCUCCAGCGAGUCAAGUUCGGGUUCGACGACCCGAACGGCUUUUUCUCCGACUGGAACGACCGGGACGACAACCCUUGUGGCUGGAACGGAGUUUCCUGCGACUCGGAGACUGGCUAUGUUGUCUCUGUUGACCUCUCGUCGGCCAACGUUGCCGGGACUUUUCCCUCCGUGAUUUGCCGUCUGGGAAGGCUGACCUUUGUCUCAUUCUACAACAACUCCGUCAAUGGGACCUUGCCGGAGAAUAUCUCCGACUGCCGGAGUCUCGAGCAUCUCGACCUUGCCCAGAACUUGCUCACCGGAAAGUUACCUGGCGCUCUGUCCGACCUUCCCAACUUGGUACACCUCGAUUUGUCGGGUAACAACUUUUCUGGCGAUAUUCCGGCCAGCUUUGGAACCUUCCGGCGGCUGGAGGUUAUUUCUCUGGUCGAAAACCUGCUCGACGGCGAAGUUCCUGCGUUUCUCGGGAACGUUUCGACUCUGAAACAACUCAACCUCUCGUACAAUCCGUUUUCGCCGAGUCGGAUCCCCCCGGAGUUCGGAAACCUGACGAACCUGGAGGUCCUCUGGCUCACUGGCUGUAACUUGGUGGGUCGGAUUCCUGACCCGCUGGGUCAGCUCAAGAGACUAACCGACUUGGACGUGGCUCUGAACAACUUGAACGGUCCGAUACCGAGCUCGCUCACUGAGUUGUCGAGUCUUGUCCAACUCGAGCUCUACAACAACUCGUUGUCCGGUGAGUUGCCGCCGACUGGAUGGUCCAAAAUGGCUGCAUUGCGAUUGCUCGACACGUCGAUGAACCAGCUGAGUGGACCGAUUCCGGACGAGUUGUGCUCGCUGCCACUCGAAUCGCUCAACCUCUACGAGAACCAAUUCGAAGGCAACUUACCGGCGAGUAUCGCCAAAUCGCCUAAUUUGUACGAGCUAAGGAUAUUUGAAAAUCGGCUAAGUGGAGAAUUGCCCCGAGAUCUGGGUAAGAACUCGCCAUUGUUGUGGAUUGACGUAUCAAGCAAUAAUUUUUCAGGCAAAAUCCCAGGGGGUUUGUGUGAAAACGGCGUUUUGGACGAGCUUCUGAUGUUACACAACUCGUUUUCUGGCGAAAUUCCUGCGGCUUUGGGGGAAUGCAGGAGCCUGACACGUGUCAGGCUCGGUAAAAACAAUUUAUCCGGCGCGGUCCCGGCUGGAUUUUGGGGGCUACCGCAUGUUUACUUGCUGGAGCUCUCUGGGAACUCAUUUACCGGCGAAAUUGCAAAGACUAUCGCCGGAGCUUCAAAUCUAUCGGCUUUGCUUAUAUCGAACAACAGAUACUCCGGCAGCAUUCCGGAGGAAAUUGGGUCGUUGGAGAAUUUGGUGGAGUUCACCGGAGGCGAUAAUUGGUUUACCGGCCAAUUGCCGGCCUCUAUAUUGAAUCUUAGACGGCUCGAAAGGCUUGAUCUUCACAACAAUAGCUUAUCGGGUGAUCUUCCAACUGGAAUUCAUUCUUGGAAGAAGCUCAACGAGCUAAAUUUAGCUGACAAUGACUUUUCCGGGAAUGUCCCGGAGGAAAUUGGAACUCUAUCUGGGCUUAAUUAUCUGGAUCUUUCUGGGAAUCAAUUUUCCGGGAAAAUCCCAAUUGGGUUGCAGAAUUUGAAGCUCAACCAGCUCAAUCUGUCAAAUAAUCGGCUUUCGGGUGAUAUUCCACCGUUAUAUGCUAAGGAAAUCUACAAACGCAGCUUUUUGGGUAAUCUGGGUUUGUGUGGUGGCAUUGCUGGCUUGUGUGAUAGUAGAAAUGGAGAGAAGAAUUUGGGUUAUCUUUGGUUACUUAGAUCAAUCUUCAUGCUUGCUGCAUUGGUGUUUAUUGUGGGUGUUGUUUGGUUCUAUUGGAAGUACUGGAAUUUCAAGAAAGCAAAGAACGCCAUUGAUAGAUCGAAAUGGACGUUGAUGUCGUUUCACAAAUUGGGUUUCAGUGAAUAUGAAAUCUUGGAUUGUCUCGACGAAGAUAAUGUGAUUGGAGCCGGGGCUUCUGGGAAGGUUUACAAGGGUGUUCUUAGCAACGGAGAUGCUGUCGCGGUGAAAAAGCUCUGGGGAGGCUCGAAAUUGGUGGACGAGAGUGGUGAUAUCGAGAAGGGUAGGAUUCAAGAUGACGGGUUUGAAGCAGAGGUCGAGACUUUGGGGAAGAUUAGGCACAAGAACAUAGUUAAGCUGUUGUGUUGCUGUACUACCAGAGAUUGCAAUCUUCUGGUCUAUGAGUACAUGCCCAAUGGGAGCUUGGGCGACUUGCUCCAUGGUAACAAGAGUGGCAUGUUAGAUUGGCCGAUUAGGUAUAAGAUAGCCGUCGAUGCUGCUGAGGGCCUUUCGUAUUUGCAUCACGACUGCGUUCCCCCAAUUGUUCACAGGGAUGUGAAGUCAAAUAACAUCUUGUUGGAUAGUGAUUUUGGAGCCCGAGUAGCUGAUUUUGGAGUUGCCAAGGCUGUCGAUGCAAUUGGCAAGGGGACUAAAUCCAUGUCUGUCAUUGCUGGUUCUUGUGGUUACAUUGCACCUGAGUACGCAUACACCCUGAGAGUGAACGAGAAGAGCGACAUAUACAGCCUGGGCGUGGUGAUCCUGGAGCUGGUCACCGGGAGGCGCCCAGUUGAUCCCGAGUUUGGGGAAAAAGAUUUGGUCAAGUGGGUAUGCACCAAUUUGGACCAGAAGGGCAUCGAUCAAGUCAUCGACCCAAAGCUCGACUCUUGUUUCAAGGAAGAGAUCGGCAAGGUCCUGAACAUCGGCCUCCUCUGCACGAGCCCCCUCCCGAUCAACCGCCCCUCGAUGAGAAGGGUGGUGAAGCUGCUGCUAGAAGUAGGCGGCGAAAUCCAUCUCAAGGCCGCCUACAAAGAUGGCAAGCUAACGCCUUACUACUACGAAGAUGCCUCGGAUCAGGGCAGCGUAGCUUGACAAAACAAAAAUGAAUGUGAAAAGGAGGAGAGGGGGGAAGUGCUGGUUCUUGUUUGCAUUUCUUUCUCACUUCUUUUUCCCCUCUUAUUAUUAUUUAAGUGUUUGGUUUCAUGGAAAAGAAAAGAAAAGAAAAGAA